AUGAAGUUGCUAUAUCUCAUAUCAUUAGCUACUGCUGCUUCUUCAGCUGCUAUUGAAACAAGAUAUAGAAAAGUUAGAGUCCCAACAUCAACAACUUCAUCAUCAAGUGAAAUCCCCAAACCAUGGAUCCGUACAAUUUACUCAUCCGUCAAAGAAAUUAUCACUCCAACUGUGAUAGAAGGUGUUACUUUUAGUGGGAAACCUUCAAAAGAAACAGAUCAACCAUUACCAUGGGUUUCAUUAAAUAAAGAUGGUUCACCAAAGACAAUUAAACCACAAAUUAAAAAUGGUCAGACUAAAAACCCUUCACCAACUUACUCAACGUAUUUCCAAACUGCAAGUACAACCACUUAUAGUUAUGAUGAUUUGAAAGCUCAUAAUAUGGAUAAAGAUGCAACUCAUGAAGAGGUUAUUUUCAUUGACGAAGAUAAAACUUAUGUUUCAUUGAAUCCUUUGAUCAGAUGUACUCCUGAUAGAUUUUACAUGAAAGGUUUAGCUAGAAAUGUGGAGAGUGCACCUUUCUGUACACCAAGAGAAAAUUCUCAAUUAAAAUUGGGUAAGACUUAUUUUGUCACUUGGUAUACUAAAUUUUUCCCAGAUAAUGUUGAUAAAGUUCGUAUUCACCUAAGUUAUGUCAAAGAAUCAUUAAGGGAAAAAGGUAUGCAUAAAAGAGAAGUUGAUAGUGCUUUUUUCACUAGUGAUUGGAUAGAAAAUUUAGAUGGUUAUUUCCCAUUAGAUAUCCAAGAAGAUUGGUUAUUGGGGAAAUUUGAACAAAAUGUUGGAAUUUCCAUUCAACCAAAUAGUAUUACUGAUGAUGAGUUUAAUUUAUUAACUAAUGCAACAAUCUUCAAAAUCUUGAAAGGUCCAAAAGUUGCCAAGAAGAAUAAAGAAACUAGAAAAUUGGAAGAUGAAGGUAUUUCAAAUGAUAGUGCUUAUUACAUCAUGCUGUCAAUUCCAACUGUUGUUUGUAUAAGUGCUAUUGGGAUGUACAUUUUCAUUUGGUUAACAAGAAAUGAUCGUGAUAUUUCAGCAAUUAGACAAAAAGUUUGGAAAUCAAAACAUAAAGUAUUGGGUAAAUUCAAACCAAAAUCAAAUAAUAAAAAAUAUUCUGAACUGCCUCAAUUCUCCAAAGAUUCAAAUAAACAGUCAUAA